AUGGACUUUGUGGUGAGUUUGCCUCGCACCCGCUUGAAGCAUGACUCUAUUUGGAUGAUUGUAGAUCGGCUUACAAAGUCGGUGCAUUUCUUACCGGUAAAGAUGACUGACACGGCACCACGGUACGCUAAGUUGUACUUGAAAGAAAUUGUCAGACUUCACAGUAUUCCAGCUUUCAUUAUAUUUGAUAGAGGGGCCCAAUUUACUGCUCAUUUUUGGCAGUCCUUUCAAGAGGGUUUGGGUACAAGUGUCAAUUUGAGUGCUGUUUUUCAUUCACAGACUGGCGGACAAGCUGAGAGAACUAUUCAGAUGCUUGAGGAUAUGUUGCGGGCUUGUAUGGCUCCAUACGAGGCUUUGUACGACCGACAUUGUAGAUCACCUAUUGGAUGGUUUGAGCCGACUGAGGUAGGACUACUUGGUCUCGAUCUUGUACAUGAUGCCUUAGAGAAGGUGGCUUUGAUUCAACAACGGCUUAAGAAUGCUCAGAGUGGACAAAAAAGCUAUACAUAUGUACAUCGACGUAAGUUGGAGUUUAAAGAGGGUGAUCAAGUGUUCUUGAAGGAUUGGGAAGUAGCCUACAAGCUGGAGUUACCUGCAUUGAUGACUUUGGUUCAUCCUGUUUUUCAUGUAUCGAUGCUACGGGGGUAUGUGCCCAAUCCUACUCACAUCGUCUCACCGGAGGUAGUAGAAAUAAAUGACGGCUUAACUUAUGAGGAAGAACUUGUUGAGAUUCUUGAUAGGCAA